GACAGACUUAAGCACAGCGCUGGCGUGAUCUUUCACUAUAUUCAACCUGAUCUCAGACUGCAGAGAGGCCAACAUGAGCUCAUCAAGAGGAAGGCUGAACCGUAUGAGAGGAGGAAACCACAGGAACAACCUGCAGCCUCCAAGGCGGGAUCACAUCCGUCAGAGAAGAGAGGUGAUCCAGGAGAUUUCAACGACUAAAAGACGGCUGUUGAAGAUGAUUGUAGCAAUUCCACAACCCCUGGGAUCGACUGAAAAUAAAAGCUUCAAGGAUUUCAUGAAAGGGCUAAACCCACCUGUUGAAAUUCCCACCCAGUCUGUGAUGCGCUCUCUGUUGGUCAGAGUCUACAGCGAAAUAAGAAACGAGUUGCAGUCCUCUUUAAAAGAGCCUGAGGAUGUUGUUCUGACAUGUGAGUCCUGGUCUCACAGAGUCAAAGACUCUUUCCUGACGGUCAGCUGUCAUUUUGUGGACAACCACGGGAAUCUGAAAUCCUACGUCCUCAGCACUAAAUAUCUCUUGCGGGACGAGUCUGCAGACAACAUAAUAAAGCAGAUCUCUGCUGUUGUGAAGGCUUGGGGCCUGGAGGGGAAGGUCCACGCUGUGGUCAGAGCUGGUCUACCACAACUGAAAGGAGUCAGAACCAAAUGGACGGACAUGCCUUGUUUUGCAGAAACCCUGAACGUGGUGUUUCAAGAUCUGAUGAGUAAUGAUGAACUGUCCAGUGUUUUUAAAAAGUGUCAGGACAUUGUCAGGUUCUUCAAGCUGGAUUCUGAAGCUGAGAAGAAGCUCAGAAAGAUUCAAAAGAAGCUGAACAUGGAGCAAAAUGAGCUGAAGGUGUCCUCUGGCGAUAACUGGCUGCUCUGGUUCAACAUGCUUGAAGGCCUGACUCUGCAGCGGGUGGCCAUUGAGAUGUACUUUGUCCAGGAAAAUAAGAAAGAUUUAAUUCUGGAUGAAAAUGAAACAGUGAAACUCGAGAACAUCACAUCAGUUCUGAAACAUCUGAAGAAAGUCACAUCCAUGAUGAACAAAGAAGGAUUCCAGUCCAUUUCAGUCAUGCUGCCGCUGCUGACAACACUUAUGGAUGACCUCAGAGAGGAAGAAAAGAGAGGGAAUGAAGUCGCCAAGAUACUACUAUCAAACUGUAAAAAACACAUUGGAAAUGUCAACAACCACCCAUUGGCUUUCAACACAUUCCUUGACCCAAGGUACAAAGACCAGCUGGGGGAGCAAAACAAAAAUAGGGUGAAAAAUAAGAUAAUGCAGGACCUCACUCCUGCCCCAGAAGCUCCCUCUACUCAUAACCCAGAUGAACUCCUGCACAGUUACACGGCAUACACACCUACUUCAGAGAAGUCCAACCCUUUAGCCUGGUGGAGGAACACGGGGAAGACCAAGUUUGGAGAGCUGAGCAAGCUUGCUCUGAAGAAACUCGGGGUCGUCUCCACCGCUGUACCCUUGGAGAGAGCCUUCUCCACCACAGGUGAUCACUUCUGCAACCAAAGGAGCGCCAUCGAACCAGAAAACCUGGACAUGAUCCUGUUCCUCAACAGCAACUGGCCUGCCAUGUCUCAGACACAAGUCUGUGAGCCUCGCUGAGCCUGUCAAACAUGCCCUGAAACAUUUGCGUUAAAGUCAAGAAGUACUAAAAAAAAAUCAUUUAAAUCUUUGCUUUUAAAAUUUAAUCUCUUAUGAGCGUGUGCUGGGUUAAGCUGCUUGAUAUUUCUUCAUUUUUGUCACUGACUACCAACAAUCCAUUUUAGUCCAUGAUCAAUCUGCGCUCAGUAAGGCCCCAGUCAAGCCACACGUGGACCACAUUUAACGAAUGUCCUGAUUGCUCUGUGCUCCUGUUCCAAUGAUCCUGCUGGGCUUUUUUAGUCUUUGAUUAAUCUGGCUUCCUUUAGGGUCAAUCCCAGUUCUCUCCCUCAGCUCUUCCCCUUGGUUUUGCGCGUUCAUGUCAGGUGAAUUCUUUUUUUUUUUAUUUAACCUUUAUUUAACCAGAUGAAAAAACCCAUUGAGAUCGAGAUCUCUUUUACAAGGGUGACCUGGCCAAGAGGUCAGCAGCACACGUCAUAAUAAAUACAUUGUUUUGAAUCGAGGGCUAGGGCUAACCUCCAAUUUCCUCAUACAGCGAACACGCUGCGAACUGCCAGCAAAUCCUACUGCAGAGCACAUCGCUCCCUCUCUGGUCGAUCAGAGCAUUUCCAUAGCCGGCGCUCCAGACCGGCAGCGGUGCGUGCCUGGACAGACACUUCGCUCCGCUUCAUUCGAGAUACGCUGCAGGUCUAUUUUCAGCGCCGGCUGCUGCCAAACCGCGUCAAUACCUGUUGAUCAGAAAGCUCCAGAAGAGGAAGUCACAA